AUGUCAGCGGAAUUAAAAGCACAAGAAAUUCUUAACGUUUCCAAAUGUUAUACUAUUUGUGUUAGUUUUAUAAUUUUAUUUGCUGGCAUCUUUGGUCAUGUUAUUGAUAUUUUAGUUUUUACAAGUUCAAAAUCAUUUCGAAAGAAACAAUCUGCUUUUUAUCUCACUGCUGAAUCAAUAGUUAACUGUGUUCAUCUACUUAUUUCAUUUACUUCUCGUAUUGCAAUAAAUGGUUUUGAUAACGAUCUAACACAAACAUCUCUUGUCUGGUGUAAAUUGAGACAAUUAUUUGCUACUACUUGUACACUUCUUUCGCUUACUAUUGUUUGUUUUGCUGCUAUUGAUCAAUAUUUAUCAACUAGUUACAAUCCAUAUUUAAAACAAUUGAGCACACUGAACCUUGCUCAUUAUCUUACUUAUAGUGCAAUCAUUGUUUGGAUUUUGCAUGGAAUUCCAUUUUUGGUUUUAAUGGAAAUCCGUCCAACAUAUGGUUGUUCAUCAUAUAAUAAUGGCUUUAAUACGUAUAUUACAUAUGUAUAUUAUUUAAUACUCACUGGAUUCUUGCCAAUAGUGAUCACAUCAACAUUCGCCACAUUAGCUUAUACUAAUGUUCGUCGCAUUGUACGAAGUCAAAUGCCAAUCAUUCGACGUAGACUUGAUAGACAAUUGACUGCAAUGAUUCUUGUUCGUGUGGCAUUUUUAGUAGCAAUUACCCUACCUUAUGUUAUUGAUCGUAUCUAUACCAUACAAGUUCAAAUAGAUCAAAACGAUUCUAUUCAAAAAGCUAUCAUACAACUAGUGGGAGCUAUAGCUUAUUCUUUAUUCUAUUUAAAUUAUUCCGGUUCAUUCUAUUUAUUUUUAAUCUCAUCAAGACGAUUUCGUCGACAAGUAAAAUAUAUCCUCGUGAAAAAAUAUUGGAGAACAUAUUGUAAAGGAAGUAUGCGUGACAAUCGUAUAUCUCCGAUAUCAUAUAUAUCAAGUGUUGAAUGUGAUUAA